AUGGACGACACUGUAGGGCCUUUAGACGCAUACAAAACUCCAGACAUCUACAGUGGCCGUCUUGGCGGCGGCCUCACGAAGUCCGGCGAGGUGCCUGCGGCGCGCCUGACAGACAGUGGCGGUGCGGUGGGCGGCGGCGGCGACGCGGCUAGCGCGCAGCUCGCCAGCGCGCUGAAGCUCCUGGCGCCGGGACUCCAGGGCCUGGCCCCGAUGAACGGCGCACCCGCCGGCGCCCCGGCCCCCGCGGCCCCCCAACAGCCGGAAGCGCAACUGCAGGCCGCGACGCCCGCCGGCGCACGGCCGCGUGUGUCGUUCGGCCCCGAGCCGCCCGCUGACGUGGAUGCCGCGAAGCGCGCAGUCGGCGCCGCACUGGCCGGCCUCGACUUGCAGACUGCUCGGGUCAACCUCGACGCUUCCAAGGCCGCGGUCAACGCCAUGCGCGCCAACGGGGAGAUCCCCGUGCACCCGCGGAAGCAGCAGCGGGACCUCCGCAGCACGAGCGCGCGCCAGCUGGUCGGCGCGGCGCCGCUGCGCCACAACCUGCCGCUCGGGGGCCAUGGGGGGGCCGGCGGCGGCGGUGGUGGCGGCGGCGGCGCUCUGGACGGCGGUGCGGGCCUGCCGGGCGGGGCGUACGCAUAUCUAUGCCAUACGUGA